AUGCUUACUGAUGAACAAUAUGCUAGUGAACACAUUUCAGAGCUCACUUCUCCAACUCAAACACCACAUGUAGAAGCUAUAAAUGGUGAUCCAUCUAUGAUAGUUUUCGAUUCUCUAGAUCAAAUAUGUGUUGAUUUUUUUGGAGAUGAAGCGGUUGGGGUGGAUAGUGAUGUUGAUGAUGAUGAAGAUACACAAGAUGCUAAUGAAAAAGCUAUAAGAGAAAGCGCUCCAUCUCAAAUUUUCAACAAUGUUGCAGAGUUGGAUCCGAUUUUGCUUGAUUCUUGGAGGACUUGGUCCAACAACGACUCUUUUGAUGGUGAAUUUUCUAUUGGGAAAGAGUUUGAUUCGUUGGCGCAAUUGAAAGACAUAGUCAAAGCUUAUUCCAUAGCUAAAAAUCAUUCAUUUAAGGUAUUGGAGAGUGAGUCCACAAAAUACGUAGUUGAGUGUAAAAGAAAGAGUUCAUGCAAAUGCUCAUGGAGGUUACGUGCAAUCAAGGAUCCUUGUCUUGCGUCAUUCAGAAUUGUGAGGUAUAAUGGCCCCCAUGCAAGUAAUUGUUUGGGUGACAUAAAAUCAAUCGAUCAUCCUCUUCUCUCCUCUGAUUUUGUAUGCAAUGAGAUAAAAGAUCUUAUUCGUGCCGAUCCUUCUUUGAAAAUCCAUGUUAUUGUGCAAGCGGUGAAAGACAAGUUUAAGUAUACCAUCACUUACAAGAGAGCUUGGUCAGCGAAACAAAAGGCUAUUGCGAACAUUUUUGGUGAUUGGGAGAAAUCUUACGAAGAGUUUCCUAGGUACAUGCAAACAUUGAAGGAGUCUAAUCCAGGAACCGUCGUGGAAUGGUGUACCUUGGCUUCUAAUGAAGAUCCUUCCGUCCACAUUUUUUUGAGAGUGGUUUGGGCAUUCAAGCCUUCCAUCGAUGGUUUUAAGCACUGUCGACCCCUAAUCACCAUAGAUGGAACUCAUUUGUAUGGUAAGUACAAGGGCACGUUACUCAUAGACAUGGGUACAUAUGCGAAUUCUCAAUUGUCCUCUCUUGCUUUUGCUAUUGUUGAAAGUGAAAAUGGUGAGAGUUGGAAAUGGUUCAUGAAAUGCAUUCGACAUUUAGUUACUCAGAGGGAAGGUUUGUGUGUCAUUUCUGAUAGACAUGCAGGGAUUUUGCAAACAAUGAAUGAGUUCAAUAGUGGGUGGGAGGAGCCGCCUCCCCACCAUCGAUUUGUACUUCUCACCUUGCCUCUAAAGUCAACACCCAGUUCAAUAAUGCUUAUGUGA